AUGGCAAAAAUCUGCAGUGAAAACUUAACCAGGCAGCAGCUGUCCACCAACACACACGAUGAGGAGCUGGCAGUCAUUGAAAAUGGAGACUGCAGGCCUCACUCUCUUUGUGAAGACAACUCUGAGAGAGUGCUGUCUUCACAGUCCCACAGAGACACAUUUACAGGUGCUGGUGUCAUGGCCAGGCUCUCUUACUUCUUCUUCAUGCUGUGGAACUGGGCGUCUCACAGAGUGAACCCUGAAACAGAGAGACACGACUCUUUCCUCGAGCGCUUCAGAGGCCCUGAGCUCAAAGACGCCUCCAGUCGAGAGAGCAAUGCCCAGUCUGUGGGCCACGGCGACACAGUCCGUAAGAGAAAUCUUGCCAGUAAGUGGCCGCUAGCUACUUACAACAUGAACAACUGUAACAACACAGACGACAAAAAAGAGGAGAUUAAAAAAGACGAGAAAAAAGACGAGAAAAAGGAAGAGGAGAAGAAAGACGGGGACAAGAAGGAAGAGGAGAAGAAGGACGAGAAGAAAGACGAGAAAAAGGAUGAGAAGAAAGACGAGAAGAAAGAUGAAAAGAAAGAUGAUAAGAAAGAUGAUAAAAAGAAAGAGGAGCCACCGAAAGAAAUCUGGAUUAUGGAUCCAGCCACAGACCAGUACUACAGAUGGCUGACCAUCAUCGCAGGCCCAGUAUUUUAUAACCUGAUGUUGAUUGUAACAAGGGCCUGUUUUAACGAACUCCAGGACACAUAUACAAAACUCUGGAUCGUCUUGGACUACACCUCAGACGCUAUCUACUGGGCAGACACAUUUGUCAGAUCGAGAACAGGUUAUCUGGAACAAGGCCUGCUGGUAAAAGACUCCAAGAAACUGAGAAGUAAAUACAGAACAACGUCUCAGUUCAAAUACGAUAUGAUCUCAAUGAUACCCACUGAUCUGCUGUUUCUGAAAUUCGGAUACAACAACCCAGAGUUCAGAUUCAACCGUCUUUGCAAAAUCUCAAGGCUUUUUGAGUUCUUCGAGCGGACUGAAACCAGAACCAGCUUCCCGAACAUGUUUCGAAUCAGCAAUCUCGUACUUUAUAUCCUUGUUAUUAUCCACUGGAAUGCUUGUAUGUUCUUUGCCAUUUCGAAAAGCAUCGGUUUUGGAAGUGACACAUGGGUAUAUCCCAAUAUUAGCCACCCGGAGCACGGCCGCUUGGCCAGGAAGUACAUCUACUCCUUGUACUGGUCCACGCUGACCCUCACCACCAUCGGAGAGACGCCUCCGCCGGUCAGGGAUGUCGAAUACCUCUUUGUCAUUUCUGACUUCCUCACCGGUGUGCUGAUCUUUGCUAGUAUUGUCGGUAACGUCGGUGCCAUGAUCUCCAACAUGAACGCCUCUCGUGCUGAGUUCCAGGCGAAAAUCGACUCCAUAAAGCAGUACAUGCAGUUUCGAAAGGUCACCAAAGACCUGGAGGCCAGGGUCAUCAAGUGGUUUGACUACCUGUGGACUGAGAAGAAGACCUGUGACGAGAAGGAAGUUUUGAAGAACCUCCCAGACAAGCUCAAGGCUGAGAUUGCCAUCAACGUCCAUUUGGAUACGCUGAAAAAAGUGCGUAUUUUCCAAGAUUGUGAAGCCGGACUGCUGAUUGAAUUGGUGCUCAAGCUGCAGCCACAAGUGUUCAGUCCUGGAGAUUACAUUUGUAAGAAGGGGGAUAUUGGCAGGGAGAUGUACAUUAUCAAGGAAGGGAAGCUAGCUGUGGUGGCUGAUGAUGGUGUCACUCAGUUUGUAGUGCUCAGUGAUGGCGCAUACUUUGGGGAAAUCAGUAUUUUGGGCAUCAAGGGCAGCAAAGCAGGCAACAGGAGAACAGCAAACAUCCGAAGCGUAGGCUACUCUGAUCUCUUUGCCCUGUCCAAGGACGACUUGAUGGAAGCUCUUACUGAGUAUCCAGAGGCCAAAAAAGCUCUGGAGGAGAAGGGGAAGGCCAUCCUAAUGAAAGACAACCUGAUUGAUGAGGCGGUCGCCAACGCCGGUGCCGACCCCAAGGACAUAGAGGAGAAGAUCGUCAAACUGCAGGGCAACAUGGACGUCCUGCAGACUAAGUUCGCAAAGCUGAUGGCGGAGUUAACCUCCAGCCAGACGAGGAUGAAGCAGAGGGUCACAGAGAUGGAGUCCAAAGUAAAAUCCAUGCGACCGGAGGACCUGACAGAAGUGGUGGCCGACAAAGACAAAAAAGUGCAGUAA